ACACACUGCCUUGAGCAAUUCUCAGCCAGAAUUUCUGUCCCAGUCAUACCAGGAACCAAGUCAACAGCCACCUGGGAAGAUAGGGCUGGCUAGACCUCUUUGGGGUUUCAUUCAAACCCAACCUAUUUGAAGGUGAAGGGCUGCUGUGGGUGUGAAGAGGCAGGGCCACAAAUAAAACAAGGAUUGUAAAGCAACCCUUCCCAGAACUCAGCAGUAACCUGGCCUAUAUCUUGGCAUCCAGAAAAGUCAGAAGGUUCUUACUGAAAACAGUCCAGCAAUGAACCAUAUGCCCUUGAGAAGUACUGACUUUAGGAAGGAUGAACUAGAUGACUGACUAGUGGGGCAGCGGGGAGUAGAAAGGAGAAAGGAGGAGGCAGCUGCAGUCCGAGGAGCUUGUGACUUGCUGGAAAGGUGGCUCCAGCUCUCUCCACCAACACCCCUCUCUGCCGACGCGAGUUAGAGUCAAGGAUACGGACACCACUUCUUCCACAUCAGCCAACCAUCUGCCCUGAGGAGUGAAUAAGCAGCCUCUGUUCCAGGACCACCAGAGUCCUCAGCACCCUGAAGAAUGUCCAAGCAGGAUUUGAGUGUCACAGCAAAACUCAUCAAUGGAGGCGUGGCAGGGCUCCUGGGGGUGACCUGUGUGUUCCCCAUUGACUUGGCCAAGACUCGACUUCAGAACCAACAUGGAAAAGAUAUCUACAAAGGAAUGAUAGAUUGCCUGAUGAAGACAGCAAGGGUAGAGGGCUUUCUGGGCAUGUACCGAGGAGCUGCAGUGAACCUCACCUUGGUCACUCCAGAGAAGGCCAUUAAGCUGGCAGCCAAUGACUUUUUCCGACAGUUGCUCAUGGAAGAUGGGAUGCAGCGGAAUCUGAAGAUGGAGAUGCUAGCUGGAUGUGGAGCUGGAAUGUGCCAGGUGGUGGUUACCUGUCCCAUGGAAAUGCUCAAGAUUCAGUUGCAGGAUGCUGGGCGCUUAGUCCAUCACCAUGGUUCGGCCUCAGCACCUGCCUUUAGGUCCUACACCAUUGGGUCAGCUUCCACACACAAGUGUCCAUCUGCCACUGUCAUCGCCUGGGAGCUGCUUCGAACCCAGGGCCUGGCUGGUCUCUAUAAGGGUUUGGGUGCCACUCUUCUCAGAGAUAUUCCCUUCUCCAUCAUCUACUUCCCUCUGUUUGCCAACCUCAACAACCUUGGUUUCAACGAACUUACUGGGAAGGCUUCCUUUGUUCAUUCCUUUAUGUCAGGCUGUGUUGCAGGUUCCAUAGCGGCUGUCAUAGUAACACCUCUGGAUGUUUUGAAAACUCGAAUCCAAACGCUCAAGAAAGGUCUGGUUGAGGACAACUACAGUGGGAUCACUGACUGUGCCAGGAAACUCUGGAUUCAGGAGGGACCAUCUGCCUUCAUGAAAGGAGCAGGCUGCCGGGCCCUUGUCAUAGCCCCUCUCUUUGGGAUUGCCCAAGGUGUCUACUUCAUUGGUAUUGGAGAACAUAUCUUAAAGUGUUUUGAAUAAAUAUAGCUGGAAUUCAGGUCCCUUCACUGGCUUCCAUCUCUCUACCCACCAUGUAUUUGGUCCUGUAACUUGUAGUACUACCUAAGUCUCAGAAGAAACAACCUUAUUCUAAUAAGCAAGGUGGCUACAGCUCUAUUCUGCCUCAGAAGCCCCUAACCAACUACCUUUCAACAGAAGUAGUACAUGCUUUGGUUGUAUUAACUGUAGGACCUUAACAGACAGUAAAGAUAGAAGGGUUGUUUCUACAUUUUACAUUUCUAUUUCACACCUCAAGCUCAGUAUACUUGAGUCAUUUGGAGGAUUUAGUUUUGUUAUUCUGAGCUAAA